UAGGGAUCUAAUUUUAGUUGUAAAUAUGUAAAUUAAGCGAAUGAUUAACCAAAAUUUAUGGUCAAAAGACAUGCAUGCGUAAUUGGCUAAUUGCGUUUACGCAUUUUUCUUGUUCUUCUUCUUCAGCAGCACGUCUCUCUCAUUUUCAUGUGUGAGUUUACAUCUACUUUUCUUUUUUCACAUUUGACCAAAUCCAUUUCACCAUUCGUAUCGCAUAUACAUAUACUCAACAAGCGGUCUUUUUAUAAAUUUCUAUCAAAAUUAUUUGCUAAUUGAGUUUUCAAAACUAACAGAAAGCUAGAUACAUACUUAACAGCUUUGUACAGAUCUCUUACAUAGUUUACUCCUAAGAAUUGAUCUUUGUAAUUGUAUAAGAAUUUGAAGAAAAAUGGUUGCCUGGAGUUGCUGUAGUGGGAUUUCAGGUAUGGAGCCAAGUUAUAGUAAAUUCGUCAGCUACAGUAGUUCAAUCUUAGGGUACCCAUUUGAGAGAUGCAAUCGCCAGGUUGUGGUCAGUUUUUCAAAACCACAGCCAAAGUUAGGGAAAUUGCACACAAUGGGUGGUGGUAAGUGCAACCACAGGGCAGACACGAUAACAAGAUUAAUCUAUUUGAAUCGGUGUGCUUUUUGUGGAUCCGAUUCAAAUGUGGAUCAACCCGGCUUUUUUUCGGGUAUUUGGUUAGGUAGGAGAAAUAUGUCUUUACCUGUUGUUCCUAUGGUUGCCUCUGAUAUGAGGAGUCAUUUGACUACCUCUGUAGAAGCUCAAGUUAGUGAGAAGAGCUUCUAUAUUCAAGGGGGUAUGAAUUUACAGCCUCUGCUGAUUGUAAAAAAAGAAACACAGGAAGAUGGGAAGAAUGUAGGGAUAAAUGAUGAUGAGUCAACUGUAAAUAAUAAUGAUGUGAAUGAGUCAAGCAUUUUAAAAUUGACCCAUGAGAGCGUGAGUGAGGUAGAACAAGAAGCGUGGAAGCUGCUCAAGGGUGCUGUUGUAAACUAUUGUGGGUAUCCUGUGGGAACUGUUGCAGCAAAUGAUCCAGCAGGCAAGCUGCCACCACUGAACUAUGACCAAGUUUUCAUUCGCGAUUUCGUACCAUCAGCUCUUGCUUUCUUGCUUAAUGGAGAAGGGGAUAUUGUUAAGAAUUUCCUGCUCCAUACCCUACAGCUGCAGAGUUGGGAAAAAACUGUUGAUUUCUAUAGCCCGGGACAUGGGUUAAUGCCUGCAAGUUUUAAAGUGAGAUCCACACCCGUUGUUGGAAAAGAUAGUGAAUUCGUGGAUGGUCUGGACCCAGAACUUGAUGAAUGUGCUAUUGGGAGAGUUGCUCCUGUUGACUCUGGGUUGUGGUGGAUUAUACUGUUACGAGCUUAUGUAAAGAUUACAGGUGAUUAUUCCCUACAAGAGAGGGUUGAUGUACAGACAGGGAUUAAACUGAUGCUUAAUUUCUGCUUACGGGAUGGUUUUAACAUGUUUCCUACACUCUUGGUCACUGAUGGUUCUUGCAUGGUUGAUAGAAGGAUGGGGAUUCAUGGUCAUCCACUUGAAAUCCAGGCCUUAUUUUACUCAGCUUUGCGUUGUACUCGUGAGAUGCUGAUUGUGAAUGACUCAACCAAAAGAAUGGUUGCAGACAUCAAUAACCGGCUCAGUGCACUAUUAUUCCAUAUAAGAGAGUACUAUUGGCUGGACAAGAAGAAAAUUAAUGAAAUAUAUCGCUACAAGACUGAAGAAUAUUCCAUGGAUGCUAUCAACAAAUUCAACAUCUAUCCAGAUCAGAUUCCUUCAUGGAUCCUAAAUUGGAUUCCAGAAACUGGAGGAUAUCUUGCUGGCAACCUACAGCCUGCUCACAUGGAUUUUCGUUUUUUCACACUUGGAAACCUUUGGGCUGUCAUUUCAUCAUUGGGCGCGCCCGAUCAGAAUGAAUCUGUUUUGAAUUUUAUCGUAGAGAAAUGGGAUGAUCUUGUGGCACAAAUGCCUCUAAAGAUAUGUUAUCCAGCUUUAGAUGGUGAAGAUUGGCGAAUAACAACUGGAAGUGACCCUAAGAAUACCCCAUGGUCAUAUCACAAUGGGGGGUCUUGGCCAACCCUUCUUUGGCAGUUGACCCUAGCUUGCAUUAAGAUGGGAAAACCAGAAGUUGCAAGGAGAGCAGUAGGUGUGGCUGAAGAGAGGCUAAAGGUGGAUAACUGGCCUGAAUAUUAUGAUACAAGGCAUGGAAAAUUCAUAGGCAAACAAGCACGGUUGCAUCAGACGUGGACAAUUGCUGGCUACUUGACCUCAAAGAUGCUUUUGAGGAAUCCAGACAUGGCGUCCUUGUUGGUAUGGGAUGAAGAUUAUCAACUCCUGCAAAAUUGUGUUUGUGGGCUGAAAGGUAAUGGCAGAAGAAGAUAAUGCUCUCCCUCUGGCCUUACAGCUUAAAGAACUGGUCACUGAAUGUACUUCAUUUCUGAGACGUUCUUUCAUUAUGAAGUUCUUGGACUUGCAAUACAUUUGUGUAAACUAUAAAAACAUACAUUAAUUGAUAUGUGACAUCUACUGAUGGAGCAUUGGAGCAUGUCAUCUUAUUUAGGAGUAUCAUUUUACAUUAAUCUUGUUUUGAAAAACCUUUUAUCAUUUAGAAAUUGUCUUUAGCACAAAAGGUGGUUUUUCUAUAUAAAAGUACUAUGUUUUCCGUAGUGUUAUCCUGAAA